AUGGCGACCGAGAGCGCGCUGGAGAGCUGGCGAAAGCGCGGCGUCGAGCGCGUGCGUCUGCGCCUGAGCACGGAGCGAGCGAAAAAGGCGCGCGGGAGCGAGAGCGCGAGCGAGAGCGAGGUGGACUCGGACGACGACGCCGGAGCGUACGAUGGACCGUACGUUUUGAGAUGUUUGGCGACGCAAGGCGCGAGGUUGGAGGAGAACGUGGAUUUUCACGUGUGGCGACCGCGUCGGGGGCUGGACGCGGAGGAAAUGCGAGCGAGACAUAAGGACGUCGUCGGUGAGAGCGUCGCGCGCGGUGUGAAGCGCGAGGACAUGUUCAGAGAGAAUAAUCUCAUCGUUCGAGGACGAGGGGAGGGGGUGGAUUACGUCGGGAAGAAUUUUACGCACGAUUUGACAGGUAUCGGUAGGGCGUACGAGCGCGAAUCUGGGAGCGACACGAUGACGACGAUGCUCGGUCGGUUGAGGAAGACGAGCGAGAGCGGGACGUACGAUUUAGAACUCAUACCAAUCGCGGGGGGGAGGGUAAUCGAUAUGGAUGUGCGGUUGCACCAGCACAACUACACCAAGCACUCCAAGGCCGAGCUCGCGGACUUGAGCGAUCCGGCGGUGCGGGCAGCGAUCAAUGCCAAGCAGCUGGAAGCGUUCGCAUCGGAUAAACGAAAGCGUUUAGUGAAUAGAAUGAACGCGGCGCGUAAGUUGGACGUAUCUGCCAUCGCAUCACCGGUGCAGAUGGAGAUGCACAUAGCAGAUGGAGCGGCGAACGUGAAGACGCGGGCAGAGCUCGUGAGUGAGGCGGGCAAGACGCGGAACAUUCCACCGCACGAAGCCACGGCUACGGAACCGAGUUUGGCGUACCCGAUCGAAUCCAUGCCUUGUUACGAGCUCUUUCACAAGCUUCGCUCGAAGGAUCUCCUCGCAGCUGUCGAGAGCGGCGAUGUGGCGAGCGACGAAAAGUACGAGCCGCUCACCAAGGUUCUUGCUGCUCGUCUCGUCGGCGGAUCCAAGGCCGAGCUCAUCAAGCGAGCGCAGCUGGUGCUCUACGCCGAUGCACUGUGCAAGAUGCUCGGUCGCGACCGCAUCAAGGAGGCGAGAGCGAAGGAACAGGAGGAUGGGCAAAAACCUGUUGUGCCGCCGGAGCAUCCGUUCUUGUUUACGAAGAGCGAGAAUGUCGAUCCAUUACUUCAAGGGGCGCUCAUUCGCAGCUUCAUGGAGGAAGACAUGUCAAGCGACGUACGUCAAUUCAUCAUGGCGAAACACAGGAAGGAUCUCGUCAUUUUGAACGUGGUGCUCAUUGCGCUCCGCGUGAACAACUGGAGCAUCACAUUUGAGGAAGUGCGCCCCCAUUUGAAGCUAGACUCCAAGCAAAUGACCGCAUACGUGAGACAGCUCGGAUGUAAAUCGGUUCGUGGAGGGAAAGACCCGUUGUGGAAUCUUGAUCUCAAGGGUAGGGCGUUGGAGACGGUGUUACCCGAGAUUCGAGCGCGAGCGAAGGCGCGAGCGAAAAAAUCAACGUAG